AUGGAUCUCUUACAGACUGUGCGAAAAGAAGGGAGUCGCGGCGGCCGCGCCGACUUCAAGUGGGAAGAUGUCAAGGCAGAUGCCCAGCGCGAGAACUACCUGGGCCACUCGCUCAUGGCCCCCGUAGGCCGCUGGCAACAAGGACGCGAUCUGAACUGGUAUGCAAAAGGCGACCAGGACAAGGAGGGCGAAAUGUCGGCCGCCGAGAAGCUCGCAGAAGAGAAGCGCAAAAUCAAGGAAGCCGAAGAAGAUGCCAUGCUCCGCGCCAUGGGCCUCCCCGUCCCGGAGCGCGCGUCUACCAAUGCAAACCUGACGCCACUUGGCGAGAAAGCGCAUGAGGCCGAUGUCGAGAAGGCGCUGGAGGAGAAGACAAAGGACAGCGAUGAGGGAGACAAGACGAAGGAAAGGAAGGAGCGAUCACGGAGGCACAGGGAUGAUGAUGAGCCCGACAGGAAGAGGAGGCAUAGGUCACGAAGCAGGUCGCGAGACCGGAAGGAGAAGCGACGCGAUCGCUCAAGGUCCCGCGAUCGAAGAAGAGACAGGGAUCGC